AUGAUCGUCCAGCCGCCGUUCCAUUCAGUUGGGUCAACUUCGCGGUCUCGCCGACCCCCAAAAUCCCAGAAUCGGCGCCACGCCAGCAGUCUCAUUGCUCGGCAAGUUUUCCCGCAACAUGAUUCGUCGUGCAUCCGCAUCUCCUGUCCAGAUAGCGCUCGUGCUUCGUCCUACCAUAGUUUUUCCCAGAAAAUGAAAGAUUACACGAGUUUUUCAGAAGCAUUACGGCCUCCAUCGCUGGCUUUUGCCUGUCUGCGUCAGCCUCUAUGGGCAGCAGUAAAAGACGUACUUUGUGGAUGCGAUGAGGAACGGAUAGUAAUGCUUAAUUCUUCUCAACUCGAGCCGAGUGAAGUUCGUUCAGAGACGGAAUCAAAUAUUCGUGAGGUGGCCAAGGCAAAAAGAAAAAGAUUUUUCUCCCCGCCGUGCUUGAUCAUCAGUUAA